UGUUCUCAAAAGAGCAGUACGUUCCGCAACAGGGCGUUGUUAACUACGCCACUUCGCCACCGGCUUGUAUUUACGCCAAGCCGCAUAUCCAAAACAACUAUGGUGGUCAUACCAUGUCGGUGGUGGAAAUGGACGGGCAUUUGCGUAUGGAACACGCACAGGUGGCAGUGACGGAGCCGUGUCAAAUCGGCCAACAGAUGCAACACCAAGUUUCUCGGGUAGCGGUAUCUUUGCCGGUGAAUUCGCCGGCUUCUUCGAUAGCUGUUCACCACCAACCACAGAAUCAUCAACAGAUGGGUCAUACCGGACAUCAGAUACAUAACGCGGACGGACGACCCCAAAACCUGCAGUUUCCGUGGAUGAAGACGACCAAGUCCCACGCACACACGUGGAAGGCGCAGUGGCCAGACUGGCAUCACGGCCGCUUUCCUAAAGUAGAAGUUGAAGUGCCUCCGAGCAAAGGGGCAUCCUUCCAAGAUCUCGACGAAAAUAAACGCACCAGAACAGCCUACACGAGAAGUCAACUACUGGAAUUAGAGAAAGAGUUUCAUUUUAAUAAAUACAUCUCUAGGCCUCGUCGGAUAGAGCUGGCGGCCAUGUUGAAUCUCACAGAGCGACACAUCAAAAUAUGGUUUCAGAAUCGGCGAAUGAAGUACAAGAAGGAGGAAGCAAAACGAAAACCGAGCAGCGGUUCUGAAUCUCCGACCGGAGAAACGUCGCAAACAGAAACGAGUGAAAGUCUUUCGCCGCGAAAAACGAUCGUGGACAUCCCUUCCCCGCGCAGUGCAAGUGAAUCUACGCCUCCAUUGACACCGACGUCGCAGACAGCGCCCUCUGUGAUCACAACAGGUAUUCUCUUGUCCCCGACUCAAAGUCGAGCAGUUAAUAUGAGUACAACAAACAACAACAUCGUCGACAGCAAACACGGUCUGCAAAUAUACAACUCAACAAAUGUCGGACAAAUCAUCGACGCAAGCAGGUUUUAA